CAUCGCCAACUCUGAGAAGCCAAACAGUGGGACAAUCGCUGCCGGGUGAAAACCCAAGCAACCUUGUUUCCGUCGCGCAGUAAUGACGUCGCGCCGGCGCUGCGCGAGGGGCGGGGCCAGGCGCGGGAAACAAGGGUCUUGAUUGGUUCCCGGUCUGGAACGGGCGCGGGGAGCUCCUGGGAUCCGGAAGUAGUCGCCUCUCUGCACGGAAGUCGGCUUUCCGGCGUCAGCGGAGCGAGCCGCCCCGCGGCUGUGGGAGUAAGAUGGCGGGGAAGAAGAGCGUCCUGUCUUCUCUCGCCGUGUACGCGGAAGAUUCAGAGCCCGAGUCUGACGGGGAGGCCGGAGUCGAAGGCAGCGCGGCUGAGGAAAAAGGCGGACUGGUAUCUGACGCCUAUGGAGAGGAUGAUUUUUCUCGCCUGGGGGUUGAUGAGGAUGGUUAUGAAGAAGAUGAGGAGGAGAACAGCAAACAGUCGGAAGAUGACGAUUCAGAGACUGAAAAACCUGAGGCUGAUGACCCAAAGGAUAACCCAGAAGUAGAAAAGCGAGAUCCGCAGGAAUUAGUUGCCUCCUUUUCUGAAAGGGUGCGGAACAUGUCACCUGAUGAAAUCAAGAUCCCGCCUGAACCCCCCGGCAGAUGUUCGAAUCACCUGCAGGACAAGAUCCAAAAGCUUUACGAGAGGAAGAUGAAGGAGGGGAUGGACAUGAACUACAUUAUCCAAAGGAAGAAAGAGUUCCGGAACCCCAGCAUCUAUGAGAAGCUGAUCCAGUUCUGUGCAAUCGAUGAGCUUGGCACCAACUACCCAAAGGAUAUGUUUGACCCCCAUGGCUGGUCUGAGGACUCCUAUUAUGAGGCAUUAGCCAAAGCCCAGAAGAUUGAAAUGGACAAACUGGAAAAGGCCAAAAAGGAGCGAACCAAGAUUGAGUUUGUGACAGGCACCAAGAAAGGCACGACGACCAACGCCACGGCCACCACCACCACCACGGCCAGCACAGCUGUUGCAGAUGCCCAAAAGAGAAAGAGCAAGUGGGACUCAGCCAUCCCUGUGACAACCAUAGCCCAGCCCACCAUUCUUACCACCACGGCAACCCUGCCGGCUGUCGUCACAGUGACCACCAGUGCCAGUGGCUCCAAGACUACCGUGAUCUCAGCCGUGGGCACCAUUGUGAAGAAGGCCAAGCAGUGACCCAGGGGACCAGCUUGGGGUGGCUCAGACAUUCUCCUUCCAUAGAGGGGAGGAGGCACUCCAGGACUUGAUAAGAUUGCCGCCCAGUGACUGAUGCCCGUGGGGAGGUUCCACAUUGUAUAUUUCAGAACUGGGACCUGCUCCCCAGAGGCCACCCUGAGAGGAACCUCUGUGUGGCAUUCUAGCCAAAAGAAGGACAUUGCCACGGAGGAGUGGGGCGCUGUGGACAGUGUCCUCACACCACUUGGGGUCUGUUGCCCUAUUAAAAGUGCUGUGUUCUUCCAUCUCGGCAUCUCAAAUGCA